AUGAAACAAACAUCGAGUCAGGCGGUAGCAGAGAUGAUUUUGGCACAAAAUAGAGAUAAGCUCCAGUCCUUCAAGGUUGUCAAAGGGACCAACAUCUUUGAAGAGCGACACGCCCAGUCAAUGCGGCAUCUGACAUUAAGCAUCUGUAAUCUUGAGUCAUCUGGAUUGGAGGAAUUCGGACCCUUGUUGUCAAACUUGACGUCAUUAAACCUUGAGUACUCCUCAGGUGUAACAGACGAUAGUCUUCUUCCAAUAUUAGACAGGUGCCACCAGCUGGUCAAGCUUGACCUUACCGAAGUCGAUUGCACACAAGUGGUGAUCCAAGGUCUUUCAGCUGCCUCCGACUCGACCACAUCUCAACAGGGGCGGCUCUCGUCCAUGAAGCGCUUAAUUUUGAACAACAUUGAUGCACCCUUUACAGCCAAUUUGUUCAUUCCUUUGGCGAAAGCUUGCCCUAAUUUGGAAGCGUUGCACAUGAAUAGUAUCCUGGCCGAUUCAUUUUCAGAUUUCGAGUUAUUCAUUAGCAAGAUGCAGCGAAUAAGAGAUUUGGAUAUCGGAAAUGUGUUUCCCGAGUUUUCGGAUGAUAAUUUGAAGAGCCUUGUGAACAUCUUGCCAGAUCUUCGGUGGCUAUCGAUUGCGAACACGCAAAUCACGAAUGAAUCUCUCGUUUAUCUGUCAGAACAAGCGACUAACCUUUGCGACCUGUGUAUUCUGGGAUGUGACCAAGUGACAAAGAUGGGCGUGAUUGAGUUUUUGGACAAGAUAACGGCUCAUCAGCGGACAACAGUAUUUAAGCGUUUAGAUAUCACCUAUUGCCGCCUGGACGAAGGAGCUGUGACAGAGAUCCGAGAGCGAGCAAAGAGCGUGACAGGGAUUAUCGAGAUAGAAGGAGACGACCAAUUCACAGAUAGCAUUGAUGAUGACGAAGAGGGUGAUCGAGAAGAAGGGGUUGAGAAUGAUGAUCAUGAGGGUAGUGAAGAUGAAGAGCAAGACUUUGAGUAUGAUGAAAACGAUGGUUAUGAUGUUGAAGAAUACCAAGAAGACGAUGACAUUGAUGGUACUAAUAAUAGUGCCAUUGAAAGUGCAGUACAAAUAGAAGGGCUUAUGAGCGACUACAGCGACGAGGAGAUGUAA